AUGGGUAAUCGAAAGAGCAGUGUUGGGAUUCCAGCUCUAACAUUUAACUUGUGUAGAGAUGCAUCAUUCUUGAACCAAAAUAUUGGGAACGAAACGGACUGUAAGACCUCCAUUGCUCGACUACGCACUAGCUCUAUGCCUGUACUUCCAGUUAGGAGUAAGAGUGCAGUUUUUAAUCACGAGAUAAUAACUGUUGAGUUUGGGGAAAUGGGGAGUCGGGUGCUUCUACUGAAGAUUUACGGACAGAACUUUGUUGCUUGUAACUUCUGUUACAAACUGGCAACAACGUUAAAUCAGGUAAUGUUAGCAGAAUUCUAUUUCGUCCUGGGCCAAAUCAUGCCCAACAGUGACCUCCGACACCGGCAACUCUCCCAGUUUGCAGUAAUUGCAGAGUGA